AUGGACCGCCUAGACCAAGAGAAUCGUGAGCUCCGUGAAGAGGUGACAACUUUGAGGGAUCAACUUCGUGCUAUGUCUCGCAAAGAUAAAGAGACUUUUGAGGAAUGCACGCAGAGGUGGCGCGAGAUUGCUGCACAGGUUAGUCCUCCGACGGAGGAAAAAGAAAUGACAAAGCUUUUUUUGAAGACAUUGAGUCUGUUCUAUUAUGAUCGGAUGGUUGCAAGUGAACCUAGCGACAUUACUAAGAUGGUGAAUAUGGGUUUGAGGUUAGAAGAAGGUGUGCGUGAAGGACGAUUGAAAAAAGGUAGUUCAUCUGAUGGUUCUAGAAAGUAUGUGAAUGGCUUACCCAAGAAGAAGGAACACGAUGCAAACACUAUCUUGCAAGAGGGGCGAAGAAGGCUUCUGAGAAACAGUCAGUGUCAUCAGCAAGUGGCGUUAGUUACUCCAAAGAAUUUGGUUCAAACAAGAACUCCACCGGCUGUUUCGAAAGAGCUUCUGUGGUGGUAUAAAGCUGACCAACAUUGUGCAUUCCACCAAGGAGCACCUGGCCAUGAUAUUGAGAAUUGUUUCACCUUGAAGGCUGAGGUAAGAAGGUUAAUGCAAAGUGAUAUCUUGUCAUUUGAAGAUUCCAAUCCCAAUGUACAAGCUAAUCCGUUACCCAAGCAUGGCAAUGCAGCUGUGAAUAUGGUCGAAGGAUGUCCUGGAAAGUAUCGAGUUUUUGACGUCAACCUAAUUAGAAGGUCCUUGGUUGAAAUGCACGCGACAUUAUGUGAACUAAACUAUUAUGAGCACAACCAUACUUCUUGCCAAGUUUGUUCCAGAGAUCCCCGAGGAUGUGAUGUUGUGAAAAGAGACUUGCAAGAGAUGUUGGAUCAGAACCUCAUCCAAGUUACGAGGGACAGAAAUGAAGAUGAGCAUGAGGUGAACGUCAUAGUUCCCCGUUUUAAUCUCCCAGAACCGGUUGUUAUUGCAUAUGAUGGUCAGAAGACUGCUGUUUCUCCAUUGGUCAUUUGUUUAGUGGGCCUAACACCUUACAAGUCUGAUAAAGUUAUGCCUUACAAGUAUAAUGCUACUAUGGUAGAAGAUGGCAAAGAAGUGUCUAUUCCUGCUCUUCCAUCUGUUGUGAACAUCACCGAUGUAAGUGGUGUGACUCGAAGUGGUCAGAUAUUUGUUGUUGUAGCUCCUAAUAGGAUUGAGGAUGUGGUGAUAGAGAAAUCAAGUUCAGAAAGAACUCCUGUUAUACAAGCCGUCCAAUCCAGUAUUGUGAAUCAGAAUCCUGAUCAAGAUGAAAUGCUGAAAUUGAUCAAGAAGAGUGAUUUCAAUAUGUUGGACCAUUUGUUGCAUACUCCUUUCAAUAUACUCGUGUUAUCCCUACUAAUGAGUUCAGAAGUGCACCAAGAAGCAUUGCAAAAGGUCCUAGAGCAAGCAUAUGUGGAUCAUGAUGUGACAAUCGAUUAG